GUCUAGGAGUGCGCCGCAGCCACGCCCCUUACCGGGGUCUCUGUGGAGCUGGGGCCGCGCCGGCUUGGAGCAUCCCUGCGCUGGCAGGCUGGGGGACUGGGAGGCUGCAGCUCCGGCGGCUAGCUCCGGAGAGGACAUGUCCAAUGAUGAGGAGGCAGCGGCAGAGGCAGCGGCAGAGGCAGCGGGUGACACCCACCUGCUUGGCUUCUCUGAUGAGAUCCUCCUACAUAUCCUGAGCCAUGUCCCCAGCACGGACCUGGUUCUCAGUGUGCGGCGCACCUGCAGGAAGCUGGCAGCCCUGUGCCUGGACAAGAGCCUGGUGCACACCGUGCUGCUGCACAAGGACUACCAAGCCAGUGAGGAGAAGGUGAAGCAGCUGGUGAAGGAGAUUGGCCGGGAGAUCCAGCAGCUGAACAUGGCAGGCUGCUAUUGGCUGUCUGGCUCCACCAUCGAGCGCGUGGCCCGCUGUCACAGCCUGGUGAAGGUGAACUUGUCAGGUUGCCACCUCACCUCGCUGCGGCUGUCCAAGGUGCUCUCGGCCCUGCAGCACCUGCGCUCGCUGGCCAUUGACGUGAGCCCCGGCUUCGACGCCAGCCAGCUGAGCAGCGAGUGCAAGGCCACGCUGAGCCGCGUGCAGGAGCUCAAGCAGACACUCUUCACGCCGUCCUACGGCGUGGUGCCCUGCUGUGCCAGCCUGCAGAAGCUGCUGCUCUACUUCGAGAUCCUGGACCGCACCCGUGAGGGCGCCGUCCUCUCGGGCCAGCUCAUGGUGGGCCAGAGCAACGUGCCCCACUACCAGAACCUGCGUGUCUUCUAUGCACGCCUGGCCCCUGGCUACAUCAACCAGGAGGUGGUGAGACUCUACCUCGCCGUGCUCAGCGACCGCACGCCUGAGAACCUGCAUGCCUUCCUCAUUUCCGUCCCCGGGAGCUUUGCAGAGAGCGGGGCCACCAAAAACCUGCUGGACUCCAUGGCCCGCAACGUGGCCCUGGAUGCGCUGCAGCUGCCCAAGUCCUGGCUCAAUGGCUCCACCCUCCUCCAGCAUAUGAAGUUCAACAAUCCCUUCUACUUCAGCUUCAGCCGGUGUUCGCUGUCGGGUGGUCACCUGAUCCAGCGGCUCAUCAACGGCGGGAAGGACCUGCGCAGCCUGGCCAGUCUCAACCUCAGCGGCUGUGUGCAUUGCCUGUCUGCGGACUCGCUGCUGCGUAAGGCCGAGGACGACAUUGACAGCAGCAUCCUGGAAACUAUGGUGGAGUCCUGCUGCAACCUGCACCACCUCAAUCUCUCAGCCGCCCAUCACCACAGCUCCGACGGCCUGGGCCGCCACCUCUGCCAGCUCCUGGCUCGGCUCUGCCACCUGCGUUCCCUGUCCCUGCCUGUCUGCUCUGUGGCUGACUCGGCACCCAGGCCUGACCGUGCGCCCGCCCCGCCGGCCAUGCACGCCGUACCCCGUGGAUUUGGCAAGAAGGUGCGCAUUGGGGUGCAGACCUGCCCCAACCCCUUCGUGGGUCAGUCGGCCCCACAGCCUGCCUCUGUGUUCUGGUCUCUGCUGAAGAAGCUCCCAUUUCUGGAGCACCUGGAACUGAUAGGGUCCAAUUUCUCCUCAGCCAUGCCCCGCAACGAGCCUGCCAUCCGCAACUCCCUCCCACCCUGCAGUCGGGCACAGAACGUGGGGGACUCAGAGGUGGCCGCCAUUGGCCAGCUGACCUUCCUGCGGCACCUGACCCUAGCCCAACUGCCAGGCAUGCUCACGGGCUCGGGACUCGUGAGCAUCGGCCUCCAGUGCCAGCACCUGCAGUCUCUGUCGCUGGCCAACCUGGGCCUGAUGGGCAAGGUGGUGUACAUGCCUGCUCUUGCCGACAUGCUGAAGCACUGCAAGCGGCUGAAGGACCUGAGGUUGGAGCAGCCCUACUUCAACGCCAAUGCUCAGUUCUUCCAGGCACUGGGCCAGUGCUCAUCUCUGCAGCGCCUGUGCCUGGUGUCUCGCAGCGGCACCCUGCAGCCGGAUGCUGUGUUGGCCUUUAUGGCCCGUUGCCUGCAGGUCGUCAUGUGUCACAUGUUCACCGGAGAAUCCCUCACCACCUGCAAGAGCCUGCAGCAGUCGCUCCUCCGGAGUUUCCAGGCUGAGAGGCCCGCCUUGAAUGUCGUCAUCUUCCCCCUGCUCCAUGAGGGCCUGACAGAUGUUAUCCGAGAUGUCCCCAUGGUGCACCUGGACGAGAUCACCUUGUUCAAAAGCAGAGUGGCUGAGGAACCGCCGAACCUGUGGUGGUGAGAGGGCCCCCUGGCCCGGCCUGCCCACCACUCCUGCCGCCAGAGCCUCUUCUGUCUGAGUCUCCACGAGGAUGCCAGGAGCCAGCAGACAGUAGGGCCGUGUUCCGUGACAGGAAGAAAGUUUCCAGUUCUCCUGAGACACUCACCCCAGUCCCCCGGGAUUUUCUCUGUCACUCUUCUGAGUACAGUGACAAGAAGUAAUCUGGUGAGCCAUGGACGAAUGGCCCCUUCAGGGCCUGGCCGUGCUCGGGGUUGUGGGCGGCAGGCCCCAGUCCUCUCACUUGCUUCAGCCUGGGGAUUCUCCCUGCUCCUUUGUCCAUGGCCAUCUACACUUGAGCUCAGUAAUGUGACCGCACCCGAGUGGAGUCAGGGUGGGCCGGACUGUCACUGUGAAAUGUGUGAAUGCCCGUCUGUGAGCCUGUGGCUCCUUUCCCUCUUGAGCUCCAUUUAGGGUGUGGCCAGUGACAGAGCACUCGUCAGUGUGUGUGAGGCCCUGGCUGCCAUCCCCCACAAAGAAAAAAAAUGUUUAACCCAGUGAUGUCUCCAGGAUGUUUUCAGCUCAGUGAUACUUGUACCAGAGGGUCCCCUGGGGCAGGGACUGUGGGGUGGCUUCACCCCCAAGCUGAGCCUGAGGAGUUGAGCCUGUGUCUCACAAGUGGUCACCUCUCCUUACAGUCGGUGCUGUGGUGCUCUGAAUGCCUUCCAGGAACGCCGCAACCUCUGGCCCCAUUAACCUAGCUGAAGAUGGUAAAAGCCAGCACCAGCGCUGGGCGUAGGUUGGAGUAGGGAGCACCUGCCUGUUUAGUCCUUACAAAAUCUGCCGAGGGCACUGCUGUAGUUGGUGUGUGGGCAUGGACCCCAGGUUCCAUCCCCAGGACUUGUAAUGCCAGCACUCCAGAGGUCAGGGCACAAGUGUGGGCCACCUCAGCUACAUAAUUUAUGUAGAGGCUAACCUGGGCUACAUAAGACCCCGUUUCAAUCUCAGCAAAUGAAAAACAAAGGACAGACAAAGCUAAAGGAGGACCCAGUGUCUGUGGCUUCAUUCGUCUCUCACGCUAGCGAGACUGAGCCCGUAGCUCCUGCAGGGGACUUGUGAGAGCAUGUGGUGGCAUUGGUCCACUGACUUGCACCUGGGCCUCCCCUGGGACGGGCUCCAGCACGUGUGGACAUUGAUCCAGGUGGCUUCCAGCCUAGACACCGCCCACCAGGCCUCACUCACUGCUGGGGACCGCCCCAGCCCCCGCCUGCCCUCAUCUCUUGUCUCCUGGUCAGCAUCCCUUGCUGGUGAGGAGCAGCACUGGGCUGUGCCUGGGGAGACCCAGCUCUGGGGACAGUGUUAGGGAAGCAGCCCUCAGGCCCAGACCCUUGCCCUUCUAGCUUCAGUGUUUACAUGGGGUCUCCAGUGCCAAGCCCUUCCUCCCUCAGCCAGCCUCUUGUCUGAGGGGAUCCUUGAUUCCUGAGGGGAGCCCACAGUGCUCCUCCCUGUCCUAGUGGCUGAGCGAUCUUAACUCCUAGCCAGAGGGAUUGGUCUGUCUGCAGGCUGAUCCCAGGGACACGCAGCCUACACCCAGAGCCCUUACCCUCCCAGACCUAACACAGUCAGAGAGUUCUAAGCCUGCCCUGUCCCUUCCUGCCACUGCAGGCCAUUGGACCAUCUGCCAGGGUUCCAGGGGGCAUACUGAAGUCCCACACGGCUGUAGACAAAGGACCCAAAGGUGGUGGAACCCACUUCUUCUAGUUAAGAAGGGUGGGCAUGUCUUUAAAACAUUAAGCUGGCACCCGAGAGCCACCCAUAGGCCCUCCAGGACCCACUGCUGCUUGUCCUUAAGAUGAGAAUGUGGCUGGUCCCAGCCUGUGAUAGGAGCGGGCUGCUUGGAGGUCUCUGGUCCAAAGAAUCCUUGUGAUUUCUUCCCUUAAAGGCAGCCCCACUCAGCUGGCUGUGGUGGUGCAGGUUUUAAUCCCACAGGGAGGUGAAUCUCUGUGAGUUC